AUUCAUAUCCACCCAUUAACAAGAAUAUCAGAGCCUCCACCUCCAGCCUGCACUGCUGUGUAUGUGUGUGUUUUCUUCUGACAGUCACCUGACAUCGCCUGUUUGACACCACAGCUCCUUUUUUUCUGUGGUCUUAAUUCAGACUGCAGCUCGUGCAGGUUUUGUUCUGUGGGUAUCAUGCAGAAGAGAAGGAAGCCAGAGCCGAUUCAACUCAACCCGAUCCCCGAUGGAAACACUAUCAACGGUACCGGAGCCACGGAAACAAACUUGGAGGCGCUGCAGAAGAAGCUCGAGGAGCUCGAGUUGGACGAGCAGCAGAGGAAACGCCUGGAGGCCUUUCUAACACAGAAGCAGAAGGUGGGAGAGCUGAAAGACGAUGACUUUGAGAAGAUCUGUGAGCUCGGGGCGGGCAACGGAGGAGUUGUCUUCAAGGUCUCCCACAGACCCUCUGGCUUGAUUAUGGCGAGGAAGCUGAUCCACCUGGAGAUCAAACCUGCCAUCAGGAACCAGAUCAUUAGGGAGCUGCAGGUGCUGCAUGAGUGUAACUCCCCUUACAUUGUGGGCUUCUACGGGGCGUUUUACAGUGAUGGAGAAAUCAGCAUCUGUAUGGAGCAUAUGGACGGCGGCUCCCUGGACCAGUCUCUGAAGAAGGCGGGCAAGAUCCCAGAGCAGAUCCUUGGCAAAGUCAGCAUCGCUGUCAUCAAAGGGCUGUCGUACCUAAGGGAAAAACACAAGAUCAUGCACAGAGAUGUCAAGCCCUCCAACAUCCUGGUGAAUUCCCGCGGUGAGAUCAAGCUGUGUGACUUUGGAGUGAGCGGACAGCUCAUCGACUCCAUGGCUAACUCCUUUGUGGGCACUCGCUCUUACAUGUCUCCAGAGCGUUUGCAGGGCACACAUUACUCUGUUCAGUCAGACAUCUGGAGUAUGGGUCUGUCCCUGGUUGAAAUGGCCAUUGGACGCUUCCCCAUCCCACCACCUGAUGCUCACGAACUGGAACAAAUAUUUGGCUUCCCAAUGGAAGGGGAGGCCGCCUCCAGUGAGUCCUCCCCGAAGCCCCGCCCCCCCGGGCGACCAGGCAGCUCAUACGGACCUGACAGCAGACCACCGAUGGCAAUAUUCGAGCUGCUUGAUUAUAUUGUCAAUGAGCCUCCACCGAAGCUACCAGGACUUUUUAGCCCUGAAUUUCAAGACUUUGUGAAUAAAUGCCUGAUCAAGAAUCCUGCAGAGAGAGCAGACCUCAAACAGUUGAUGGUGCAUGCUUUCAUCAAACAGUCUGAGGCAGAGCAGGUUGACUUUGCUGGCUGGUUGUGCAGUACCAUUGGACUCAAUCAGCCUGUGACACCCACACACGGUACUGCGAUGUGAGCCUUAUCCCUGAAGAACACCACAUUCCAAGCUCCCCUGUAUUUCUAGUCAGGGUGAACUAUUUAUUUAUACUAAAUUAUUAUAUGUGCAAUCAAAAGAUAAAUAUAGUUUAAAAACCUAAAUGCCAAGUAAAAUUAAGACUUUAUUGAACAACUCUUUGGGCCACAUUGAAGGCCUGUCUACAAAGCCAUGUUUUCUAAUGACUGAAUUAUUUCAUCAUAAAUGCUGCUAAACCUGUGUGCUUGAUAUUCCUCUUUGCCUUGUAUCCUUGAUGCGCCAUAUUCAGAUCUUUGCUAGCUUUUGUGAAAUAAAUUGUCUUGUGAAUUGAAA